AGAGGCCACCUAGUGUCCAUGGUGGAGCUAGGAAAACUCAUCCUCACCCACCACCCUUCCCUCUCCAUCACCAUCCUCAUCCUCACCCCUCCCACCACCACCACCACCACCACCAUGGCCGCCGACUCCAACGCCCACUACAUCUCCGCCGUCUCCGCCACCACCCCCGCCAUCACCUUCCACCGCAUCCCCCUCCGCCCCCUCCCCUCCUCCGACGUGCCCUCCCUCCCCGCUCACCUCCUCUCCCUCGAACUCUCCCGCCACAGCACGCAAAACGUCGCCGUCGCACUCCGAACCCUCGCCAAAGCCUCCAACCUGAAAGCCAUCGUCAUGGACUUCAUGAACUUCAAUGACCCCCAAACCCUCACGCACAACCUCAACGUCCCCGUUUACUUCUACUACACUUCUGGUGCUUCAACCCUCGCGGUUUUGCUUCUCUUCCCAACCAUUCACCGAAACGCAUCCAGCAAAAACUUCAAAGACAACCCCAUGCAGAUUCAUAUCCCGGGGCUACCCACUCUCUCCACAGAAGAUUUUCCUAAUGAAGCCAAGGACCCUUCUAACCCCAGUUUAAACAUGUUCCUUAGCAUAGGGGAAACCAUGAAGGGUAGUGUUGGGAUUCUAGUAAACACGUUCGAAGCCAUUGAGGGUAACCCUAUCAAAGCGUUAACCGAGGAUGAGAAUAUUCCACCGUUGUAUUGUAUCGGACCUGUGAUAUCUUCACCGUGUGGGGAAGAAGACAAAGGUUGUAUGAGUUGGCUUGACUCGCAACCGAGUCAGAGCGUGGUGUUGUUGUGCUUCGGGAGCAUGGGGAGAUUCUCGAGGGCUCAGUUGAGAGAGAUAGGGUUUGGGUUGGAGAAGAGCGAGGCGAGGUUUCUGUGGGUUGUGAGGAGCGAGUGCGACUCGGCGAGUUUGGACGAGUUGCUGCCGGAGGGGUUUGUGGAGAGGACCAAGGGGAAGGGUUUGGUGGUGCGGGACUGGGCCCCACAGGCGGAGAUUCUGAGUCACGACUCGGUGGGGGGGUUCGUGACUCACUGCGGGUGGAACUCGGUGUUG